AUGGCAGCAGAAAAGACAGUGGCGUUCAUUGGAUGCGGAAACAUGGGAGGCGCAAUUCUCAAUGGAGUUCUUGAUGCUGCAUUCAAGUCUGUGGACUCAGAGCAACAAUCGCGACCAAUUUCGAAGUUCAUAGCAUGCACCAAGAGUGCAGGGUCUGCCGAACGCAUUCAAGCAGCCCUCCCAGAAGAAUUCAAAUCUCAUGUGAAAGUGGUUUCCUCCAAGAUUAUCGAGAGCAUGCAAGAAGGCGAUGUCGUUGUUCUUGGAUUCAAGCCAUUCAUGGCUGAUGACGUCCUCAGUAUGGAGGGCGUAAAGGAAGCACUUGCUGGCAAGCUAGUGAUCAGUCUAUUAGCUGGACAGACACCGCAAAACCUCGUUCAAAUUAUUGAAAAGUCAGACGCCAGGUCAUUUGAGCUUCCGGUAGUGGUCCAAGUUAUUCCGAAUAUGGGUGCAGAGUUCCGCCAGUCAAUGACCAUUAUUCGAGCACCUGAAACUCCACUCCCAGCUGAGAUGAAAGAUAUCGUGGAGUGGAUCUUCAAUCAGGUUGGCUGGAUCAAGUAUCUUCCUGAAAGCCAAAUGGAUGUGGGAUCUGUGCUCGUGGGCGCAGCUCUGGCCACCCUAACGGUACCGAUCGAGGGAAUCCUGGAUGGCUGCGUGGCUGAAGGCAUUAAGCGCCCCGAUGCGAUGGAGAUGGUCUUGCGGGGAAUUCGAGGAUUAUCAGCCGCGCUAGAGGCAGGCAUACAUCCUGCUGUUCUGCGUGAAAGUAUUUCGUCUCCACGGGGAUGUACAAUUCAAGCACUUCUAGCCCUUGAGAGGGCAGGGAGCAGGGCCGAUUACGCCGACGCAAUUAUCAAGGGGACUCAGCAUCUGAAGAAAUAA